UGUGCCCCAGAUUGAUGACUUACUGCUCAUUCUGGAGUCCACGACGAAAUAUUGGUUCAUAUGGCCGGCACAGCCUCCAGGAUGUAAUGAAGGAAAGAUAGAAUACCCUUUUGGAAAGGCAGCAGCGGUAAAGGAUUUUAUCCUCUCAUCCUUUGAAUUGAGACAGCCACUUCAUAUUGUCAAAAGCAUUCUGUGGCUUGCAUUGUGCAUCCAACAGCUUCCAGAAAAUGCUAUCCAAGAGCGCAAGAGCUUUCUUCCAGCAUCUCCCCAAGACCUUUUCAAUGCUUAUUUAGCUGGAGCGGACAUUCUUUUGGCCUUUGUUGAAAGAUCACCAGCAAGCCUAACAAGCUUAGAAUGUCUUCUUCUACUCGGAAAAGUUUCUAUCAAUAUGGGCAAGCCUAAGCGAGCAUGGCUUGCCACCCGAAAAGCAAUAAACCAUGCCUUGCUACUUGGAUUACAUCGGCCUAAUCAAAGCAACAAUCGAAUAAAGCAACCUCUCUGGUCACAAGUCUGGCAAAUGGAUCGACAGCUUUCCUCGAUCUUAGGCGUGCCGUACUCCGUCCCUUAUUCCCAAUCUAGGCAUUGUAUAGAUGAAUCGAUUCCCGCUCAAAUAAUGCACCGUAUAAACAACGUUGUGUGCCACAUUGGUGAUAGAAACCAAGGCAUAGGGCAGCAUUCAAUCCCGGAAAUCGAGACUCAAAUUCAGGAAUGCGCCACUUUAUUCCCCGAGGAAUGGUUCAGUUUAUCAACAGAGGGUCUCUCAUUUGAGUUCAUAUACGCGCGACAAGUAUGCCUAAUGUAUCUCAUGCAAUUGAAAAAAAAUCUCUACCUCCCAGAUGUGCUCACAGCUUUACAAAAUCCCGAAGCCUCCCAAACUCAUCGUGAACAUGCUGUUCAAGCUUGCCGGGAAAUGGUAUCUGCAUACAAGGUUCUGCGCAACAGUAGCAAAUCGGCUUUGGUUAUAUGCGAUCUUAUGGACUUCAUCGUUUUUAGCGCGGCGCUCGUCCUUGCUCUACAUCUUCUAGCACCCCCAGGAUCUCGCAAUAGUUCCAGGGAUGCCGAUGACUGGGCUAUCAUCACACACCUGACUCUGACUUUUCGCCAAUUGUCACGGGCAAUUGAAUGCAGCGUUGCGAAACAAGCGGCAACACUCCUAGAAUAUCUAUAUGCGGCUCAUCAUCAUCAAUACGCUGGUCCAGAGGAGUAUGUCGCAGUGAUUCCAUGGUUUGGAAGAGUUAAAAUUUCUUGUGUACCGCGACAGCAACAUAUUGCAUAUCUACAAACUCCAUCUACAGACGACAAUGCGGAGAGCGUAGGGAGUUGUAUUGAAUUUGGCGUCAAUCUUCUGACUCCUACGACUGGGUCUGGGAACGAAUUAGAAUCAUGGUCAAUUCAACAUAUGGAAGAAGAGCUCGGAAUUGAUUGGACGGCUUUUGAUGAUGCCGAUUGGGAAUAUGACUGGCACCAAAUAUUCUACUCUACCAACCAUUAUGAAUCAACCGACUAAGCUUUCAUGCUAUCAGAUAUAGCGAAGGCACAAAAAAAAAGGUUUCAUGUGCAUAGCUCCUCU